AUGUCGAUUGUGAGCCAACUCGAUCCCCUGCUCGCGAAUGCGCCGCUGCCACCGUACGACAUCUUGAUCGGCACGAUGGACCGCAACGAAAGGUCCGACUUUGAGAGACGUCGAUACAUGAGAGCGCUUAAAACUGCCGAUCAACGAGCUCGGAUGUGUCACGCUGGUGCUGCACGAAGACACCGGCAGCUAGGGCCGGCGAACCUCGGUCGGUCAACGUCUUCAUGAGCGAGUGGAUACAUCGCGCCAAAUGGCUUUUUCUCCUCGACAUCGACGAGUACGUGGCACCCUACCAGGCCCUGGUCGCGGCUGCACGGGCUCUCGGCCACGACGAGAACCCCUUACGGCCUGGUUCGAGAGCGAGUACGGCAACGUGGGGUGUCUGGCGAUACCCCGGCUCUGCUCACCUCCGAUGGCCACUAAUCAGGACCCCAUCAAGGAGUGAGGCAAGCCCACGCCGAGGCAAGGGCUGUCCAUCACAACUCCCUCGUCCCCAAGCUCAUAGUACUCUGGGCUAGGCUUGUUAUCGACUGGAAGGUCACAUCCACAAAGCCACGUUCUCAGACAACCGGGAACUGGUCGAACUAUUGCGCAAGAAGGGCGAGAAUGUCAUCAAACUGGAGGCGAAUUGA